ACAACAUAUAAUAAUAAUAAUAAUAAUAACGAUAAUAAUAUUUAAUAAUAAUAGUAUUUCAACGUUUAUGCUAUUGCAUCAUCAUAAUGUUGAUGUUACUCAGGGAAAAGGAGAUCAAGGCUAACACGAACCAGUAAAUCAUUAAUGCAUCUUCAUUUCCGGCCACGUAAAGGAAACACGAGAUUCUGACGCAACAAAGAGGAAGUAUAUGUCCUGGUCGCGUUUGUAGCUUAUAAAAGCGUCUCGACGAGGUCUGAUCUUUAAUAACCAUAUAAGCAUGUUCGAACGAUCUUUUAGACGACUUCUUCUACUUUGUCUGUUGUUGAAUGCGAUCUCUGGAUCGCCACAGUUACGAAGGUGGGACGAAGAAGAACAAACGAGAAAUCUGAGGCAUGCUUCCUGCCCCUCGUGUCGUCGAGAACGACCAGACACCCUGGUUUCAUGGGACACGUCCAGAAGAGAGUAUCAUGGACUCGAGCCAGAAAGCAGUCCUUGGCAGAGCAGCGAACCAUUUAGACGUAACCCAAUCUUCCAGCAACCCUACAAUUCUCCAUUCAAUGACCCAUACGAUAGAGCCUCGUAUGAUAGAGCCAUCAGAAGCAGAGGGACCCCACCUGUCACUAAAUCAACAGCCACCUGCAAACGCGAGAAUCCCUUUACCAUCGGACGAGAUUUCGAUUUUGACGUGGCUCCUUCGCAAACCACCUCUAUUCACAGUAUAAAUAAUCCAGCAUCCUCGUAUCAAUCUCAUUUCCCAGUUUCAAGAACUCCAAAUAGAACACCAUACAGAAAGCCUAAUUUCUAUGACCUCAUCAAAGACCAAUCUGACUUGGUACCUUCAAGCAAAUUGUAUGCGGAUUAUGGCCUGACCAAUAGUGAGUCUUCUAUGAAUAAUUUCAAAAGACAAUCAAGUGCCUUAGCUAAUGAUGAAGAAGAUUUGAGGAACCUUGGAGCGGGGAAGGAGUUUAGCGUGAGCACAGGACCUGACAAGUAUUUUGGGGAUUAUGGCUUGUCUAGUAGUCAAUCUGAUUUUGGUCAUCCAAAGAAACCUUCAAAUUUUGGAGCGAGGAAGGACUUUGAGACGAGCUUUAAUAACGAGCCUUCAUCUAAUAAUUUCAGAAGACCUUCAGGUCUGUCAAUCAGUAAUGAAGAAUAUUUCAGGAAUUUUGGGACGAAGAAGGAUUUUGGAAUGGGUAAAUAUUUGCCUGGUUCCAAUAACGAACCUUAUUUCAAUCAUAUCAGAAGACCAUCCAGCCUGUCAUCUGAUAAUGCAGAUUUGGGAAAUUUUAGAUCGAAGAAGGAUUUUGGAAUGAGCUCUAGGUCUGAUAGGUAUUUUAGUGAUUCCUUUAUACACGGCAAUCCUAUGAGUCAAUCUAGUUCUAAAACUCAAGUUAAUCAAUAUUUCAAAGUUCAACCUAACCAGCAUUUCAAAACUGAAACUAUCCAAUAUCCUAAAACUGAAUUUAACCAGUAUUCUAAAGUUCAACCUAGCCCAUAUAUCACGCCUGAACCUAUCCGAUAUUCAAAACCUGAACCUGUCCACUAUACCAAACCUGAACCUGUCCAAUAUACCAAACCUGAACCUGUCCAAUAUACCAAACCUGAACCUAUGCAAUAUUUCAAACCUGAAUCUAACCAAUAUUUCAAAGCUCAAACCAACCAAUAUUCCAAAGCUCAAACCAACCAAUAUUCCAAAGCUGAACAUACCCAAUAUCCUAAAAUUCAGUCCAACCAACAAUCUGCAAUGGGAAAUCCUAGAAUUCCUUAUGAAAGAGAACCAAAAGUAGUACGGUCCCAAUUUGUCCAAUCUCAAAGGACUCAGACAUCAGAUGAUAGCAGACAGAUCUAUGCUCCAGAAGUAAAACACAGUUCCUACGAUAUUCCAGGGGAGUUGAACGUGUUCAGGACGACGCAGAAGGUUGUUGGAGAUGGCGUUGAGAUUGUUAAUAGUAGCAGAUGGGAGAAGCAAUUGGAGAAACAUGAAGAUCAGGAGUCUUACGAGAUCGAUGAAAAUGGCGAGCAGAUGGGAGCUGAGAUGGUGGAGCAGAUGGAUGACAGUUAUCAGGGUAAUGAACAACUGGAAUCUCGCGAUGCGAUGCAGCAGCAAGAGAUUAAGAGGAAAGGAGACAUCACGAGCGAAGAUAAUAAUUCUAGGGACAAGAAUGGAUUCUCGGGGAACAGGUCCUUGGGCGAAGAUUCCCCGAAGACUAGAUUGAUGCAAAUGGAGACGAUAGGAGAUGACGAUGUGUCUGAAGAAAGCACGAUAGAGACUAUGAGUGGUGUUUGAUAGUUUGGAAACGAUAAUCGGUUAGAAUGGAACACUAUUAAAGAAGACUGGAAUAAAAAUAAAUUUGUUCGAAGAAUUUUUUCAGAAUUCGAAUAAAAUUUUAUUCGAAGAAUUCUAUGGUUCGAAUGAAAUUUUAUUUGAGGAAUUUUUCCAUAUAUAAAUAUUUAAUAAAAGGCGAUUAAUUAUUUAACAAUCAUCUAGAUAAAAUUUUAUUCAAGAAAUUAGUUAUAAUUCUUGGGCAAGUUCGUUUUAUUCGUGCGCUUUAUUUGAAAGUUAUUUGAAAACAAUUUUACUCGAGUCAUGUUCGAGUAAAAGCUGCGAAUAAAAAACGAAGUUACUUAAUUAAAAAUGACGAAUAAUUGUUUCCAUGUUUAUAAAAACAUUAUUCGUUAUUGAUCUCGAGAUUUUAUUUGUUACGCGAAAUAAAAUAUGCCAAAUUGUUGGCUUUACGAGCAGAAUAAAAAUAUUAGAAACUAUCUAACUUUUGUACAAAAUAUUUCUAUGAAAUUUGUAUUGUGAUAAGAAUAUUUUACCCAUUAAAUUAUACCAUAUGUGAAACAUCCUGUAUACUUCUUCGUAUCUUCAUUAUGUAGUUUAGAUUCUAGGGAAUUAUUUAUACAGAAGCUAGUGAAUAAUGUGAUUGUUAGAUGAGAAUUUGAAGAGUCGCUUUUGAUGGAAUAAAUUCUUGGAAGGUGUUUUUCUCUUGCAA